AUGAACGCCACCGUGGCAGACAAGCCGACGGCAUACAAGCCACCCCAAGCAUCACGACGACCACCCGCAUCAAAGGCACGCGGUGACGGCAACGGUGACGACCCCUCGUCGCAGAUAGCCCGCAUCGCCGCAUCGGACCGCACCGCCUUUGAGAAGCGCGUCUGGACGAGCUUGUGCGCCAUCCCACGCGGCCGCUUCACCACCUACGCCCUCCUGUCGCGGCACCUGGGCAGCUCGCCGCGCGCCGUGGGCAACGCGCUGCGUCGCAACCCGUUCGCCCCCCAGGUCCCGUGCCAUCGCGUCGUGGCUACGGGCGGAAACCUGGGCGGGUUCAAGGGUGCUUGGCCCCGCAGCGGAGAGGGCAUCACGCUCGACGAGAAGAGGGGACUGCUCAAGGGGGAGGGCGUCAGGUUCGAUGCUUCCGGGAGGGUGAUUGGGACACCGUGGGGUUUCAAGUGA